AGCAAGAAGAUAUCGUCUUACCUCCUCUUUUUAUGCUUUUCAUCUUCCUAUUCUAUGCAACAAACAAAUGAGCCUCGCCAGUGUAUGAUUAUUCAGGACAAACAAACACUCGUGUUGCCACAACACGGGAUACCUGAUUUUUUGAAGAAUAGAAACAAGGAAAUGUGCCAAAUAAGAGAUUCAAAUAGCAAAGCUUUACGUUGUGGCAAUACAGGUGUUUCUAUCAAAUCAGAGUGUGUAUGCUCCUUUUUCAAUGUAUAUGAAGGAACUUAUCAUUCAUAUUCCUCUUGUCCUGGUAAUGUGAAGUCAGACGAUGUUAGAUUAUUGAGAUGUAUUGAUUGUGUGAAAUACAGCUUACCAAACAAAGGUCCGUGUAUCAAUGGAGGAAAUCUUACCUGUAAGGAAACUGGCCCCGAUGUUAAGGCACCAGAUAUCAAAUGCGAUUGUCCACCCGGGUUUAUGGGGAUGUUCUGUGAAAAUAAAAUGGAAAAGGUUACAAGAAUUUGUGAUAGAAUUGAAAAUGCCUCAACUCAUAAUCUGAAGAACUGUGAUGUUACAAAAAUGGACUGCAUUACUUACAGUGAAAGGAAAGAAUAUUCUUUCAAGUGUAGUGAAAAAUCUGCGACAACCCAACAAGGACAAAUUACAUUGCCACUAUGCAGUGAAACAGAAAUGCAUCACACCAGCCUGCCGAACACGGUGGUAACUAUAGACAGUGCCGUUAAUAACAGAAGAAGGCAACCCAAUCCUCAAUACAUAUCAGGAGGCAAGGCAAUGACCUCGACUCUUUCAAUCACUUUAUUUAACGUCUACGCACUGCUGCAAAUCUGAAGAGUAUUCUCCUAAACUUUUGAUCUCAUCGUUUUGCAAUUUCAAGACUGUGGUAACGUAUCGCAAAAAUAUAGUACCAUAUUCUGAAGAGCAGAUAUCCAGUGACUAAUACUGUAAAUCAUUUUAAUUUGUGGGGGUCAAUAUUCGUGGGCGAGCAAAAUUUCCUUGGUUCUUGAAAACGUAAUUUCGUGGGUAACUCGUAUAUACAGAAGAUUCAAUGAAUAAAUAUGUUGACAAAAUAAUUGUUCGUGGAGAUGUAAAUUCGUGGAUAAGGGUGACCACGAAUAUCCCCCACCCCCGAACAUUGAUGAUUCCAUAGUAUCACAACUUCGUAUUUUACUCUCUUUACUAAAUCGAUGGACAGAUUAUGGGUUGGAGAAAUAUUUCUUUAACAUAUUAACAUCAUCAUAAGUAUUACUCUUAGCUUACCAGGCAAAACUUCUAGUAAUUGUAAGCUUUUUUAAUCGACAUUUGUUAGUUUAAACCCAUAUUUUAUUUGAAAAUGACAAGCAGAAGAUACAGAUACGUAGAACAAAAAAAAUCAAAAAGGAUUCGGAAACAAGUUUGAAAACUUAUACUAAUCCGUUUCCUUAUUAUUAUGAUAAA